UAUUCACAACUGGCACCACAAGCAAAGCCCAAAGCCAUCCAUGCUCCUAGUCAGGUCCCAGGACAGCUUCUGAAUAAGAGCCACGUCUUGGAGGACUAAGGGAGAGCCCCUGGGUGGGGGAAUCAGGGACAGGCACUCAGCAGGGCAGCUCCCUCCCCAGCGAGUACACAGCAGCUGCCCAGGAUGCUACCCACUGAGGGCCGAGCUCUUCUUACUGCAGUGUAACCCAGCCCAGCCUGACAGGUGCAACUAGAGUUCGAGAAAAUGCACUCAAAGAAGUCUUCAACUAAGAAGCAAGCCUGGCAUGAUGACAGAUCUGAAAAAGACAAGGGAAGGCUGAAGGGCCCUCAGCAGGGCACCAAAACCUCAGUAGGGAACCAAACUAAAAAGUGCCACAAAGGGGUGCUAACCAUACUCUGCGGGCACGUCUGCUCAGGUGCGAUGCUGAGCAUGUGCCGGGACAUUUGGGGGAUGCCAGACUGAGUCACACAAGGGAGGGUAACAGCAGGACAGUCCCACGCGAUGGGGCUGGAACCCAGGUGGGGCUGACAGAUGAUUGCAACAGGGAGCCUGAGCUCAGAACUCAAAUCCGCCUUUCCAAGACCAGGUGCUCACUUGGCCCGAUUUGUACCAUUUGGAAUCACUUAGUUAACUGGGAACAAAGUGAACACCGUGUAAUGAAAAAUCAGAGCUAUCAAAAUUUUUUUUAAUGCUUGGGUAAGACUGUCACAGAGAACACAGUGAACAGAGUAAGUUAGAAAUGCAUAUUCAGUUUUAAAGAAAAAGCAAUUUCUUUUCUUUAGUUUGCAAUUACCAGCCACCUUGAAAUAUGUCCUGAGUUUUAUCAACGUGAUUUCCUUUAGUUCUGAGGUGACUUUCAGCAUGCAAUUGUUAGCAGGAAAAUGCUGAAGGCAUUAUAACAAAGGAGAAAGAAUUCAGGAAUUCCAAAUGAGCCUUCUAAUUAGUGUGGAACCCUGAGUAGGCCAUUCGAUUUUUGUGCCUCAAUUUCCAUUACUGCAAAAUGGGGAUAAUGAGACCUAAUUUAUUCAAAGUUUCUUCUGUGGAUGACUGCCCAGUGCCAUUUUUUCUUGCUAGCUCUUACCAAAUAUAAAACAUUAAUCAAGACUGCCUAUUCUAAAGGUACCACUUUGGGGGGCUGGCUUCCCUGUCUCUUGAUUUACUGGCAGAAUAUUAACAAAGGAAUGAAUUAUAAAUAUUUGUACAUUUUGUUGCCAAGGACCUUGAGAUGGGAAUCAGAGCCUGGAUUUUUCCACAGCUCAACCACUAAUGUACCUUGGGAUCCCCCACUCUGUGAACCUCAGUUUUCUUUACUGGUAAGAUAGCAUUAAGGUCCUUUGGGGUCUUGAUUCACUGCAAGAUUUUAAUCCCAUCGGGACAGCCCAGUGUCCUUCUCUCCCAUGAUUCCUCUGAGCCUUGGCACUUGGCCUUCUGUGCCUCGAGAAAUGGGCUCUCUUGCCCAAAGGACACAGACUCCAGCUCCCAAUGGGGGGCUUCCAAGAGCCAGGAACAUGGCAGUCACAAGUCCAGGACUUCAGGCAACUGACAUUUAUUGAAGAACAACCAUGUAUCAGGCACAGUUCCGGGUGCAGGACUUGUUUGAAUGCAGUUACUCCUUUCAACGGCUCUGUGAGGAGGGUAGCAAGGUGAGACGAACGCUUGGUCUUGCAUGGCCACAGGGCUCCCAUAACCCCACCCUUCAGGUGGCCUCGUACCUGCCGGCUCCCCUGGACUAGGCCGCUUCAGGGAGGAACAGUAAGGCCGCUGACGGCACCAGCACUAGCUGGCUGAGCUCCACAGGCAAUCUGGGCUUAUUUCCUGCACAAGGGGGGUUGUCUGGCCCACAGGACUGAGCGUCCUACCCCCCUGAGACUGCCUUAUAAGUAGAGGGAGCCCUGUGAGGGAGGGAGGGACACCUGUGUGGCACAUCCAGCCAGCGAGCCUCUCUGGAGAAUAAGUGAGUUCUGCUGAGCCGGGCAGGAGCUUUCCACCUGCUGCGACAUGCCAUUUUCCAUUGCAUGGGGCCUCCUCCUGCUGGCAGACCUGUGCUACCGAGUCCCUGGCUCCAUGCAUGUAUCUGAGCAUAGUCACGAAAUUCGUAAGAACCCCCCUAAUCCCAGCACAGCCCCCAAAAUGGCCAACUUCUCCUUCAAGCUCUACCAGUCACUGGCCGGACAGUCUAACACAAGCAACAUCGUCUUGUCCCCAGUGAGCAUUGCUAUAGCCUUUGCAAUGCCCUCCCUGGGGACCAAGGGUGACACUCAUACCCAGAUCCUGCAAGGCCUAGACGUCAACUUCAAGAAAGUACCUAAGGCUGAUGAUGUCCACAAAGCCUUCCACCAUCUUCUCAACACCCUCAACCGGUCAGACAGCCAGUUCCAGCUGGCCACCAAGAGUGCUCUAUUCAUUGAUAAGAAUCUAAAGCGCGUACAUAACUUUUUGAAGACUGUCAAGAACAAGUAUCACACAGAAGCCUUCCCCGUCAACUUUGAGGACACAGAAGAGGCCAAGAAACAGAUCAAUGAUUAUGUAGAGAAGGGAACCCAAGGGAAAAUUGUGGAUUUGGUCAAAGAGCUUGACAAAGACACAGUUCUUAUUCUGGUGAAUUACAUUUUCUUUAAAGACAGCUGGAAGGAUAAAUUUGAGGCUAAGCACUUGGGGGAAGGAGACUUCCAUGUGGAAGAGAGGACCGCCAUCAGAGUGCCCAUGGCCACCUGUCUGGGCGUGUUCGGCCUGCACCGGGACAGGGGGCUGUCCUGCUGGGUGCUGCUGAGACACUUUGAGGGCAGAGCCAGAGCAUUUCUGCUCAUGCCUGACCCCGGGAAGAUGCCGCAGCUGGAGGAGAGUCUCUCUGAGGAGUAUCUCUCCAAUAUCCUCAGAGACAUUGACAUAUGGUCCACCAGUUUGCAUUUGCCCAAACUGUCCAUUUCCAACACCUAUGAUCUGAAAACCCUUCUGAGCAAACUGGGCAUCACCAAGGUCUUCAGCAACGAGGCUGACCUCUCAGGGAUCGCUGAGGAGGUGCCCCUGAAGCUGUCCAAGGUCUCACAUAAGGCUGUGCUGAGAAUCGAUGAGAAUGGAAUGGGGCAUUCUAGGGCCACCCUUCUGGAAGACAGCACCUGGUCUAGGCCUCUAACCACCAAAUUCAACCGGCCCUUCUUAAUCGUCAUCAAGGAUGAAAAUACCAACAUUCCUCUCUUCAUGGGAAAGAUGGUGAACCCCAUGCGUAAAUAGCUGCCUUUCUGGAUUCAGCUGUCCCUUCCCAGGUCAGGUCUUCUCAUAACCUUGAAGAUGAUAUUAAAGAAUGGCUGACUGGCCCAAGCUUGAGUGCGACAUGCCAAUCCCUCAUCUUAUUGUCUAUCUGUCUCCUUUAUGUUCCUAGGAUGUGUGUGAAAUCCAGGUCACAGCAGUCUUCCAUAUAUCCACUUAAUUAAUAUGUAUUGUGUAUUUACACUGUCCAGGCACUGUACUAGGCAAAGAUGAAAUUUGGCUGAAAUCUACAAUUUAUUGAACAGAUAUGGAAACCCAGCAAUGACAGGAGAUGGACCUCUCUGGAGGUGGGUGGGGUCAUCUAAUUGAUUGUUUAUGUUUUGGUAUGGGAGUGGUAGGCAAAGAGGGCAAUGUAAGGCAAGGCUGAAACCAGCAAACUAUUCAACAGGGAGAGAGCUAAGGGGUCUGUGCUUAUAUGAGGGAUCACCACCAGUUCAGAGUAUUAAAGGCUCAAGUCCACAUUAAAUAAUGGUGUUUGGACCUCUGGAUAGGUCAAACAUUAAA